ACCGUUUCUGCAAAGAACCAGCCCUCAAAUCCAAAACAAAACCUUUAAAAUGGCAUUCAAGUUUGUCUUCGCCCUCGCCUUCGUCGCCGUGGCCAGCGCCGGCUACGCCCCCAUCGCCGCCCCGCAGGUGUACCACGCCGCACCCCAGGUGUACCACGCCGCCCCCGCGGUGGCCACCUACGCCCAUGCCCCCGUGGCCGUGGCCCAGAAGGUCGUGGUCAAGGCCGCCGAGGAGUACGACCCCCACCCCCAGUACCGGUUCUCCUACGGAGUCGAUGACAAGCUGACCGGCGACAACAAGGGCCAGGUGGAGGAGCGCGAUGGCGACGUUGUCCGUGGAGAGUACUCCCUGAUCGACGCCGAUGGCUACAAGAGGACCGUCCAGUACACCGCUGACCCCAUCAACGGAUUCAACGCCGUGGUGAACCGUGAGCCCCUUGUCAAGGCCGUCGCCGUUGCCCCGGUCGUCAAGACCGUCGCCGCUCCCGUCGCCCACUACGCCGCCCCCGCUGCCUAUGCCUCCUACGCCGCCCCCUCUGUGGCCCACUACGCCGCCCCUGCCGUCGUGAAGACCGUGGCUCCAGUGGCUCACUACGCCGCCCCUGCUGUGGUCAAGACCGUGGCUCCAGUGGCUCACUAUGCCGCCCCCGCUACCUACACCUCCUACGCCGCCCCUGCUGUCGCCUACCACCACUAAGAACUGCCAUCCCACAUUCCACAUCCCUUUAUUGUUAUAGUUUUACAAACGACCACUAAAAAUAAACCUAUAUUUGUCAUUUAAA